UGCUGCACUGACGCACAGAGGGACUAGUGAAUCCACCAGACUGCUGUCACGCUUUUCUCACGGGGUUACGUUUUUUUGACUUGCAAUCAUGAUUCCAGAGGAAAGCUUUGUGUCCAUCGAGAACAGGAUGCAGUCUGUAGGUCUGGCUCUGGAGGAGUUGCUGGUGACGGCUCAGAAACAAGACUGCCUGACCGUUGGCAUUUAUGAAUCAGCUAAACUUCUUAAUGCAGACCCGGACAGUGUGGUCCUGUGUGUUCUGGCAGCUGACGAUGUAGACGAUGUGGCGCUGCAGAUCCACUUUACCCUGCUACAGUCCUUCUGCUGUGACAGCAGCAUUACCAUCCUGCGAGUCUUAGGAGUUCAGCGGCUCCAGCAGCUGCUGGGUGCUGUGGAUGCCAGAAACGAGGAAGAGCACGGAGACCUCCACUGCAUGCUGGUUACGAACCCCCAGGCCGACCACUGCAGGCUACAGGAGGUGGGGACCUACUGCCAGGAGAGUCGACGCCUUGACCAGUGGGUACCUGAACUGGCUCUGCAAGAACGCUGAAGGGUCUGGCACCCGCAUACACCAGCGAAGACUGGAGCUUUCUGGGUUCAGGUGCUAAUGAACUGAGGGAUCCGUUGUUGCUCAUGCAGGAAUGGCCUGGAGUGAACUGGGACGGGCUAUCCUGACUGAUAAGCAGGAACCAAGUACUUCCUUUCAGCAACUAGUGAAACAACCAGAGUGGAGACCGGUUUACAAAAUCUGCAUUGUGCAGGAGAUGCAAACAGAAAAGCAGAUUCACAUCCAGGACACAUUGUUUUUUUACAUUGUCUGUAAAACUAAAUCAAAGCUUCUAUUUUCUUCUUCUGUUUGGCUGCUUGCAAUGUUCAUGGGGGUGUGACAAUCAAUAACAGGAGUAGCAGCAUCAAAAUAAAUGUGUCCGCACCUCAACUUAUACCUGGAAGACCUGUGUUGUUUGUAAGGACAGGACAGUACAGGAAUGCUGUAAUGAAACUAUGCCCAGCAUUCCUGUGUAUUCUGACAUGGGAGAGCCCUUGGAGAGAAGGUGUGUGUGAAUGUGUGGUAUGCUUGUACAAUACUUGACUCUUUCUUUAGAAAUGACUGGGCGUGCAGCAUGUGCGUUCUUCAAAUGAGCAGCUGAACCUGCGUAGGAAUCGUCACCAUGGAAACUGAAAUAGAAAUGAUGUUCAUGUUAAAGUCACACAGGAUUUAUUGGCAAUUCAGGACUACAAAAUGUCAAUGCAUAUUUCUUUUAUUGUCGACGGAGAAUACUGAACUGAUGAAAAACAUCUGCUGUAAAUUGUCAUUUUGCUGCAAAAGAAACCGUAGUCGAUAUCUUUGUGCUUUCAGGAUGCUGCUUUGUUUAGACGCUGUUAAUAUAAUAUGAACGGUGCUACACUAGUAAUUUAUUGAUUGUAUCCAUUGUGCGUUUGGCUAUUUAAGGUCUAAUUGUGUGCUCUGUUAUCUAAGUCAAUAAAUUAUUGUAUUCAUAA